AUGAGUUUCGGUUCGGAUUCUCACUAUUUGGUCUCUUCCUACAGAAAAAUCUUUGGGGAUCCGCCCCGCUACUCCUCCCGCCUGGGCAGUUCGACAGCGGGCAGCAGCUACCGCUCCCAGUCAGUGUCCCGCAGCAGCCAUGCGGUCUUGUACCGGCUGGCGCAGACGGAGAGCUUGGAUCUCAGCCAGGCGGCGGCGCUCAACGAUGAAUUCCGGCUGACCCGUACGAACGAGAAGGAGCAGCUGCAGGGGCUCAACGACCGCUUCGCCGGGUACAUCGAGAAAGUGCGGCAGCUGGAGCAGCACAACCGGCUGCUGGAGGCCGAGCUGGGCGCCCUGCGGCAGCGCCACGCCGAGCCCAACCGCCUGGCCGAGCUGUUCCAGGGCGAGCUCUGCACGCUGCGAGCCCAGCUCGACGAGACUGAGGCCGCCCGGGCGCAGGCGGCACUCGAGAGGGAGCGGCUCGCCGAAGAGGUGCAGCGCUUGAGGGCGCACUGCGAGGAGGAGGCCCGGGUUAGGGCCGAGGCGGAGCAGGCGCUGCGCGUGCAGCAGCGAGAAGUAGAUGGCGCCACGUUGGCGCGCAUGGCGCUGGAGAAGAAGGUGGAGGCGCUGCUGGAAGAGCUGGCCUUCUUGCGCAAAGUUCACGCCGAAGAGGUGGCCCAGCUGAGCGCCUCCGUACAGGCCACGCCCCUGAUGGCUGCCGAGCCAGACGCUACCAAGGCCGACUUGACUGCGGCCCUCAAGGAGCUGCGCGGGCAGUACGAGGCGCUGGCCGCCAAGAACCUGCAGGCUGCCGAGGAGUGGUACCGCGCCAAGUUUGCGAACCUCAGCGAGCAGGCGGCGCGCAGCAACGAGGCCAUCCGGGCCAGCCGAGAAGAGAUUGGCGAGUACCGUCGCCACCUUCAAGCCCGUACCCUCGAGGUGGAGAGCCUGCGCGGCGCCAAUGAGUCCCUGGAGCGGCAGCUGCACGAAAUGGAGGAGCGGCAUCACGUCGAGGCGCUGGGCCUGCAGGACACUAUCAAUCAGCUAGAGAAUGAUUUGAGAGACACAAAGAGCGAAAUGGCUCGGCAUCUGAGAGAAUAUCAAGAUUUACUCAAUGUCAAAAUGGCACUGGAUAUAGAGAUAGCAGCAUACAGGAAGCUGCUGGAGGGUGAGGAGACACGUUUUAGCACUUCAAGCAUCAGCAUCUCAUCAGUGAACCCCCCUUCCAAUCCAAUUUACUCCUUCCAGCCCAGACUUUUCAGUUCCUCUGUAGCCAGCAGCUCCAAAAUAUCUUCCUCUCUCUCUUUUAAGAAAGAGGAGAAAGAAGAGGCUAAAUUGGCCUCAAAAAUCUCCUCAAGCCAAGUAGGGGAAGCCUUUGCUGAAAUGAUUGAGGAGACCAUAACAUCCACUAAGAAAACUGAACAAACAAAUCUGGAAGAAGGGAGCACAGCAAACCCCCAAAUGUAACCCUUUUCUUUAAGUACAAUUAGCUUUUAAAGCGAGGGGAGGGAUAUAGCUUGAACCUUUAAAUUGCCUAUACCUGAAUUAAGGUGCUUACCACGUCAUGUACACAUAACAUUCUAAUGUUACAUAUCGCUAGGCUAGUUCAAUGGGAGCACCACAUCCAACGUCACUAGGAGGAAGGAAAGA